GCCGCGAACUCAGUUUCUCCAUUGCGUCGUAAAAAACGCACUGAAAUCCUGCGUUGUUCGUAUUAUUCGCAUAUUUUCCUCGUUGCGUGUCGAGAGAAGCUUCUUGAGAGCUUUUUACAUUACCGACCGACUGAAGGAUUAUUGACGUACGCCGCGAAAGAACUUGCGAUCGUAAGCCGACAGCCGACACUCGCGGGAGAAUCCCGUGGCGAAUGUUCGCCUUUUCCUCGACAGAUACUUUUUCCUGACAUCAAAUACUCUAACGAGGCUCUAUCUACACGACUGUGAUGUCUCCAGGUAGCAGAGAAAACCAAAAGCAUCCUUAGAACUGAACACAACUCGAAUUUCUCGAGAUAACUGACACGCUCCGGCGUCACGUGACUGUCUCGUCUUGCUAGAGGAACAGACUCCCCGAUAACCAGACGAGAACGGGGUUCUUCUCUGAGAAGAGUAGUCAACGAAGUAAUCAUCAAAAUGAAGAACGGCAACGGGCCGGCGGACAGCAGGUCGAGCAUGGAGGGUUACGUGAAUCACGGCAUGAGCGGAUCUACGAACAACGUGGACUCGUACGGCACCGACAUGUACCAGUCUUUCCGUGAUUCGCAUGAAACACAUCGAGGGAUUCAAGGCUCCUCGGAUUUUAUCUUGAUCGAAGAACCAGGGGAUGACGAGGUUAAGCAGAAGGAAGGUCUCCUGAGAACGGCGUUGCAAUACACGAAGCGCCGUGUCAGGGCCACGUGCACGAAGAAAACCCUUUACAAGAGGUUGCCGAUCUUGAGCUGGCUGCCAAGGUACAAUGGUCAAGAUGCACUCGGAGAUCUGGUUGCCGGAAUUACCGUGGGCCUCACCGUCAUUCCUCAGUCGCUAGCGUACUCGAACGUCGCCGGUUUACCGCCGCAGUAUGGGUUAUACGGUAGCUUUCUGUGUUGCUUCAUCUACGUAAUUUUCGGAUCCUGCAAAGACAUACCCAUGGGACCUACUGCCAUUGUUUCAUUGUUGACUUACCAAACAGUGUCCCACUUGGAUGAUCCAGUGCCGCACGCGAUUUUAUUAUGUUUCAUAGCCGGGGUCGUAGAGCUAAUCAUGGGUAUAUUUGGCCUUGGAUUUUUGAUCGAUUUCGUAUCCGGACCGGUGAGCUCUGGUUUUACAUCAGCUGUAGCUCUGAUAAUUAUCACAUCGCAAGUUAAAGAUAUCCUCGGCAUCUCCGCCAAGGGUGCUCAGUUCCUCGAGAUGUGGCAGAGCAUCGCUGCGAACAUACAGGAUACGUCAGCGUGGGACGCUGCUCUUGGAGCAUCCUGCAUAGCACUGCUCCUAAUCCUGAGGUUACUGGCUUCGUGUAACAUCGGACCAGAAAACGAAGAACUUCGUACUACAAAACACCGUGUUGUGAACAAGAUCCUCUGGCUGAUCAGCACUUCGCGAAACGCGCUGUUAGUAGUACUCUGCGGAUGCUUGGGCUACAGCUUUCAAACUGAAUCGCCUGUCAAGCUAAUUGGAUAUAUACCGGGAGGUAUGCCCACGGUGCAAAUUCCUCCGUUUGGAUACAUGAAAGAUGACAACACGACGGUCACGUUCAUCGACAUGCUCGGCAAUUUGAGCAGCGGCAUUCUCGUUUUACCACUCAUUUCUCUGAUGGAAGAUAUCGCUAUUUGCAAAGCUUUUGCUAAUGGGAAAUCGGUAGACGCGACGCAGGAGCUGAUAGCGAUUGGCAUGUCGAAUAUUGGAAAUGCCUUUGUACAAGCUUUCCCGGGCACAGGAUCUCUCAGCAGGAGUGCGGUAAACAAUGCUUCCGGCGUCAGAACACCGUUCGGUGGUAUCUACACCGGUACACUGGUGAUUUUAGCCCUGCUGUUCCUUACUCCGUACUUCAGUUAUAUUCCGCGCGCCACUUUAGCGGCUAUUAUUAUAGCCGCGGUCAUCUUCAUGGUCGAAGUCAAGGUGGUGAAGCCGAUGUGGAGGACAAAAAAAUCAGAUCUGAUCCCGGGGCUAGGCACGUUCAUCGCGUGUCUGGUCUUGCAGCUGGAGAUCGGUAUCCUUUGCGGAGUCGGAUUAAAUAUUAUCUUCAUUCUGUAUCAUGCCGCCAGACCGAAAAUAUCUGUGGAGAAACUCACGACUAAUCGCGGAAUCGAAUACUUGAUGCUGACGCCCGAUCGCUGCUUGAUAUUCCCAUCUGUGGACUAUGUUCGUAAUCUGGUGACCAAGUACAGCCAGCGUGCUGGAAACGUCGCGACACCCGUGGUGAUCGACUGCUCGCACAUCUACGGCGCGGACUUCACGGCUGCCAUGGUGAUCGAGACCUUGACGAAGGACUUCGCUGGCCGUGGCCAGCCGCUCUUCUUCUACAACCUGAAACCCUCGGUAUACGCCGUCUUCGAGGGUGUCGAACCCACGGACUUUGUCGUCUAUUACACUCAGGAAGCGUUGGACGACCUGCUGAACGAGAGAGGCUAUCAAAAGCAGAUCAAAUAACAGCGGUCACGCAGCCGCAAUGGUCAGACGCGUGAUUGUGGAAAGUGCGCAGGCACUUUGGAGCCGUUCAUCAAGACUGUCAACGAGAUACAACAGCUGGUUACCAAACGCGCGACACAUAUGAAGGCAGUAUUCGUAGAGAGGUAGCAGGGAAGCCAUGGGGAUGAUGUAGAGUAACAACACGACUGCGAAACUCACGAUCGUGGCAGAGAUGGACGUCGGCGGGACGAUAAAUCGCGAAUGUUAUCGGCCCAUCUUAUCAACCACUCUGUUGCCUCAACGAUCAAAGCGAUUUUGGCGAAUGGUUGGCGAAUGCACGGCGAGCGAAAAGAACGAUUUCGCGGUUAUUUCCGGACAGCACGUUACUGGGAGACCACUGGGAGACAGAGUUAGUGCGCUAUCUUGAAAUCACCGCGGAAGCAGCGGAUCUGCAAAGUGACUUAUACAUACACGUAUGUAUUAUGUAUUUAUAUAUCGUCGUUGACUCGGCGAUAUUUCGUGCGUGCGGGCGUUUUCGUGCGCGAACUCACAUACCCUCUGAAUUUUUUGGAGCAAAAAGUGACAAUAUUUUCACUCGAGGCGAUAGCGAAAAUAUUGUAUCUGUAAAUAUUGUAUCACUCAAAAUCACAAGAGUGAAUGUUUCACUCAAGGUUAGAGCGGAUGUUCUGAUUGAUUGGAGUGACUAUGCUUCCCCGGUGGUGGGAUGCAUCUCUUCAAUUUCGAGCGAAAAUAUUCACUCGAGGAUUCAGAGUGGAGAAUUCACUUUACAGGCGUGAAAAAUAACUCGUAUUCGAGUUCCGGCAAUCACUUUACUUUGGAGAAAUUUGGAGAGCAGAUUUCGUUAUUUAAAGAAAUAUCGUGUAUCUUCGUAUUCAGCCCGCACUUUCCGAUGAUUCGCGCAACUCGACGCGCUAAUAAUGCAAACGCGUCGGGGUCGAUAAGCAGUGCACGCGGAAGAUAUCGCCGAUCUAAUAUCUGAUAAAGACAGUAUUCAAUGUACGUUUAUAAGCGAGGGUUCCUACGCGAUGUGUGUACUUUAGCGGCUGAAUAUCAAGUAAUUUCGAUUCGCCACUCGGUUAUUAAUUCGUGCAACGUCAGUAAUCGCAGAUAACAACGCGAAUACCGGAGCGCGAAUGUAUCUCGAAGUAUGACACUGCUGCCACUGUACGCCUCGAAAAGGAAGAACUGAGGCGCAUUCGAAGCAGUUUUUCCAAAUACGAUAAAAGAAAUAACUCCAAAUGAGGAAGUUAUUUGCACAAAACAGAAGUUCAAGAAACGUCAGAAAGAUUGAGAGCCGAUUUUACAACAGUAGCUUAGACUUAAAUUUGAGUUCAAGCUCUGUUUAAAUAUUGCAAGUACAUUGCUAGAAUAGAGUUUGAACUGAAAUCUAAGUUUAAACUAUUGCUAUUGAAAAAUCGAUUCUUAAGGAGAACGUCUUUUCCAUUAUUAAUAAGCGUUGCUUUAAACUUGUCCCACGUGACAUACUCAGAUUUGAAUUUAAAGUUAUAUUUAAAUUUAAAGUUAUAUUUAAAGUUAUAUUUAAAAUUCGAGUUUUGUGCUCGAAUCAUAUAAUAUGUAUUGCGUUUGUAAUUCAGGCAAACUCGCAUUAAAACCUAAAUCCAGAUCUGCGUAUCUCACCUGAAGUGAGUUUCAUGUAACGACUAUUAAUACGUGUCUUCAACUGUCGUUUCGCUCGAAUAUUCCUCGUGAGCUCAACGCGGCAAAACGCGAGUCUAUAUAUUCUCACAUCGAUAUUCAGUUUUUUAUAUUUAAGAUCUUCAUAUUAUAAUUUAAGAUAAAAUCCUGGCGUGUGUAUGAAGAAGAUUUCGCGCAUUCGUACGUUCCUACGUGCGCUACUUUGCAGCACAGAUGGAAUUCUCUGUCUGGAAACAUUUGUAUAUAACUAUAAUAAGUUCUUCGAGAACAAUACUGUGAUAAUUUUAUAAAGAACGUCUAACGCGGACGAAAUCGCGAUCAAGAGAUAAUGGUCCUUCGGCAAUCGCAAUUUCUUCCUUGGUGGACUGCGGGACGAUGUUGUUUCGUGAAUGCUCACGAAACGCUGUUAUUACCGAUUCGCGACGCGACUUACGCGGGUGUAAGCGCGCAACGAGAGCGCUUUCCUUGUGGAUUAAGAGGGCGAGAAAGAGAAGCAGAUUUUCUGUAAGAGAGAGGCCUCUAUCAGGCCGAGUGCUCGUGUAGAUGUCUAACAUCAAGGGCUUUAACGAGAGACAGAAAUUUUCACAUCUUUUUUGCAAUAAUAAAAAGAAUCCUCAUUGUUGAAAGGUGUUUGAAUUCAGUGCGGUCUGUCGCCUCGUCGAAACAACGCCGAUCGUUAAUUGUAUAUUAUACAUGUAGUUAGAAUUUUACGAUUACUCGUUUUAAAAAAAAAAGGAAAAGACAUGCAUUGUUCCGAAAACUCAAAAAUUCUGAAAUUCAGAAACUGGAAUAAGUUACCAAAAAAUCACAAUAUUGAAAUUCGAUUACUGAACUAAUAUCACGAAAUUCAAUUUUUCCGAUGUGUAUCAAGAGAAAAAAAUGUUUAAAAAACAAAGAAUACUUAUUCGGUGGAUAGGAAUAACAUAUUCUCUUCUUUUUUGUUUGAAUAAACGAUUGUUUUCAUGAAAAGCCAGUUUUAGGAAAAUGUGCAUUUUCAUAUUUGAAAAAAAUUUUUUUUCUUUACUAUAGAAGUAUAUAUAUCAAGAAUAAGUAUGUUGUUAGUAAUCGUCGAAUAAAUAUUUAUCUUUUAGAUAUUUCUUUUUCAGUGUAUAUAAUUAUCCCAAGCUUAUGUUAAAAGCUUAAAUACUUCUAUGUAAAGAGCAAAACAACAAGAACGUACAGGAUUGAUUGCGCGCUCGAGCACUGAUACUUUUGCCUUACGACCCCUUUUAGAAACAUUUUUUCAAUUUCGAUACAUUUAUUCCGAGACAAUGCAUGUCCACAAAAAAAAUUACUUCUUAGAAUAUUGUUGCGACGCACAACGAGGCGGAUUAUUUUUUGCCGGCGAUCGAGAUCACCUGCGGCUCGAUAACGUCGACAGAGAAAACCACGGGUCGCUGAUCGAUGGAUCUGUGAACGGUUGAACGAUGUACUUAUGCUUACGCAUCCGUGCGGCGUCCUCAAUUUUAUACGAUUAAUACAUAAGAAAAUAACCCAA